GCGGUUUUUUCGUAAAAUUGGGUGAAAAGAAGCUCGUUUAGAUCUUAUAUAGCUUGACAGCCAAAGACAUGUCUGUCGUAAUUGAGACUACAGUUGGCGACAUUACUGUUGACUUGUAUCUGAAGGAAAGACCCAACACAUGUUUAAACUUCUUGAAGUUGUGCAAAAUCAAAUAUUACAACAUGUGCUUGUUCCACAAAGUGGAAAGGAAUUUUAUUGCUCAGUCUGGUGAUCCUACUGGGACAGGAAGAGGAGGCGGCUCUAUCUUUUCUCAUUUAUAUGGUGAUCAGGCUACCUACUUCGACAUUGAAAAGAAACCGCGACUUAAACAUGAAAAACGUGGAACUCUAUCCAUGGUAAAUAAUGGAAACAGCAUGAUUGGGUCACAGUUUUUCAUCACGCUAGGCGAAAACUUGACAUAUUUAGAUGAUGACCAUUCUGUGUUUGGCGAAGUAGCUGAAGGGUUUGAUAUCCUGUUGAAACUGAACGAAGCCAUAUGUGAUGACAGCAAUCGCCCCUAUCAGGAUAUUCGUAUCACUCAUACUGUUGUGCUUCACGAUCCUUUCGAUGACCCAACCGAUUUAGUUAUUCCUGAUGCUUCUCCCGAACCAACAAAAGAACAGCUGGAAUCGAAUUACAUUGGUGCCAAUGAAGAAAUCGACGACACGAAGGGUAAGAGCAUGGAAGAGAUUGAAGAGAAGAUCAAAGAGAGCGAAGCAAAAGCUAGAGCUACUAUUCUGGAAAUGGUUGGUGAUUUACCUGACGCAGAUGUCAAGCCACCUGAAAAUGUGUUGUUUGUCUGUAAGCUGAACCCAGUCACGACAUCGGAAGAUCUGGAAGUGAUAUUUUCUCGUUUCGGUCAAAUUCUGAGUUGCGAAGUCAUAAAAGACAAGAAAUCUGGGGAAUCCCUGCAGUAUGCCUUCAUUGAAUUUGAAAAGGAGGAGGACUGUGAAAAUGCUUAUUUCAAAAUGGAUAACGUGCUGAUUGAUGACAGGAGAAUUCACGUCGAUUUCAGUCAGUCUGUUUCUAAACUGAACUGGGAAGCGGGUGCUAAAUUUAACAAAUCAAGAUCUGGGAGGUCUGAAAAUCUUGUCAUAAAGAGUCAGACUAAGAAACCAGAUGGAUACGAUAUGGUGUUCGAUAUCGAUAAUGAUGAGGUGGAGCCUUCACGUGAAAAAAGGGGGAAGAAACGCAAAUCUACAUCACCUGAUGGUUCAGCCAGAAAGUCUUCAAAUUACUACAAAGACAAAACACAGUCGAAACAUCGUAAUAGAUCCCGGUCUCCAAUUCCUAAAGAUCGACAAUCAUACAAGCAAUCAAAAUUUAGAUCCAUCAGUCCUGAAUAUCCUGAGCGUAGGAGAGAGAGAUCAUCUGAAAAGAAUUAUUCUGAAAACAGAAGAGAAAAAUCUGGAAAAUAUUACUCUAGCAAUCAAGGACAAAGGAGAGAAAGAUCUCCGGACAGAAAUUAUUCAAGGCUUCCACAAAGAGAAAGAUCUGCGGAGAGAAAGUAUCCUGAAGAUUCGGAGAGAACAAGGCAAAAGUCGUCUGAGAAAUAUUAUUCUAGAACUUCCGAAAAAAGAAAUGAGCGAUAUGCAGAGCGGAAUUAUUCCAGGUCACCAGACAAAUCGAAGAAAUCUUUAGACAAACAUCGUGAAUUUUCCGAUCGAAGAAGAGACAAAACAAAGUACAGUUAUGACAAUAGAUCCAGGUCGAGAUCUCCUCAUCCUAGGAGGAGAAAUUCUGUUUCAAGGAAAGAAAAACGUGAAGACUCGAGGACUUCGAAACAUUCUUCUAAAGCUGUUGAUCGAAGUGACUAUAAUUAUUCUAAGCAUUCUCGUAAAGAACGCAAACAUAGAGACAGGUCACCGAGUUAAUAAAGAUUAUCUUUAUAA